AGCAACCACAUCACGAUCCAUUUCUCUCCCUCACACACACACACCCCACACAGCCUCCACAAGAACAGCAACUGAAUCUGAAGAGAGAAGAGAUUGGCGAGGAGAGAAGAGAAGGCGAAGGAGAAGGAUACUCCAAGCUGUUUCCUUUCUUCUUCCUCUCUCCCUCCAUCUCUUCCUUUGCCCAUAAAAAUUGGAUUUUUAAUGGAGAAAGGACGGCUCCAGUCUCCGAAUUCCUCCUCCUCCUCCAGCAGCAACAGCAAUGGAGUGGCCGCAUCGCCGGCGCAGGCGCCGCCGCUCACUCCAAAGUCCACGCCGAGGUCCGUCGACGCGGCUAGUCCCUACCCCACUACGUUCAUCCAGGCCGACGCCGGCUCCUUUAAGCAGGUUGUCCAGAUGUGGACUGGCUCCUCCGACGCGGCCGCAAAGCACUCCGCCCCGCUGCCGCCGGCGCCGCCAGCCAAGAGCGGGAUCUCGCCGGUCGCGAAGGCCACCGGCCCCAAGAAGCAGGCUUUCAAGCUCUACGAGCGCCGCGGUAGCCUCAAGAAUCUCAAGAUGAUCAGCCCCAUGAUUCCCGGCUGUUGGAACCCUAGUUCCCCCCUAGGAGGCGCCUCGCCGCGGAGGCAGCCGCCGGAUAUCCUCUCGCCGAGCCUCCUCGACCUGCCCUCGUUGACCCUCAGCCCCGUCACCCCCCUGAACCCGGAUCCUUUCCGACGCUCGCAGCCGCCCAAUCCGCCUCCGGCUGCGGCGAUGUCGGCCGAGGAGAGAGCCAUCGCCGAGAAGGGGUUCUACCUACACCCUUCGCCGCGGACCACGCCGCGGGACCCGGAGCUGCCGAGGCUGCUGCCGCUCUUCCCGUUGACAUCCCCGAGGGUGUCUUCCGCCUCCGCCGCCGGCUCUUCUUCCUGAGAGAUUUUAGCUCAUGUCCUUGGUAAUUCUAUUGUACAAUUCGAGCUCCUCUCCAAUGAAGUCUGCAAUUCGAGCUCUAACCUUAAUCCACCACGAACGAUAUCUGCAAUAUUUCACUGUCUUAUUGAUUCAACAUCUACUGUUCAUCUGUAUGAACUCUUAACAUCAUAGUCUAUGUUCAGUAUCUCUCUGUU